AUGGCAUUUCCUAAAAUCGACGGGUACGUGGUGACAGAAAAGAUUGGCACAGGCAGUUAUUCCACUGUUUACAAGGCAUAUACGAAGGUGGGCGCUCGAACUGUUGUAGCAAUAAAAUGUGUCGACAAAUCCCGUGUGAAGUACUCCGGUACCGCGGUGGACAACCUCAUUACGGAGAUCAGUCUGCUGAAGAAACUGACACACCCACACAUCGUUCAUAUGAAGAACUUCACCUGGGAUGAUAAAAAUAUCUACAUAAUAACGGAAUACUGUUGCGGCGGCGACCUCUCAAAAUAUAUACACAGAUACGGGAGAGUCGCUGAGAAACAGGUACGCUACUUUUUACAACAGCUGGCUUCAGCGCUGAAAUUCCUAAUAGAAAAAGGAGUGGUACAUAUGGACUUAAAACCUCACAACUUAUUGCUCCACAAGGGAUCUGAUGGGAAGUACAUACUGAAAGUGGCCGAUUUUGGUUUCGCGUCGUACAUGACGGACGCCGUGCAGCGCUCAGUCCGCGGGUCCCCGCUGUACAUGGCGCCGGAGAUGCUGGCCGGGCAGUAUGAUGCCAGGGUCGACCUCUGGAGCGUCGGUGUAAUAAUGUAUGAGUGCCUGUUCGGCCGCGCCCCCUACUCCUCGGUCUCCAUGAAAGAGCUGAUCGACAAGAUACAGAAACAAGCUGCGAUAGAGCUACCCAGAAACGCGUCUAUUUCCCCUGGGUGUAAGAAGCUCCUAUUCGGCCUCCUACAACACGACCCUGACAAGAGGAUCACGUAUGAAGACUUCUUCAACGACGAAUAUUUAGACCUAGAACAUAUGCCAACUAAAGAGAAUUAUGAAAAGGCGGUGAACAUAAUCAAACGAGCGAUAGAAUUGGACAGUGCUGGGGAUUAUAGCGGCGCGUUCGAAGGGUAUAAGCAGAGCUUGGUGUAUUUAGUACCGUGUGUGUCUUGUGAACCUGAUACUUUGCGCCGCGCCGCGUUAGCUGGGAAACUCAGCAGAUACAUGCAACGCGCUGAAGAAAUCAAGUUAUAUCUAUCGACUGGUCGCUGGUAUAGACCGCCGAAGGACACACAGACACCCAGUAUCAAUUAUUAUGAAGCUGUUACAGCUGAUACCCCUAUAGAGUGUAAAUGCACGGGCGUUUGUUCCUGCCCAAGUUCGGGGAUUAAUGGGAAAGUGGCAGAAAUGGGGAUUAACGAGAAGGUGGCAGAGCUGGGGAUUACUGAGGAACCGGCGGGGAGUGCGGGGAGUAACAUGGCGCCACAAGUGCAAGGGUCUCCGUCAAAACCUCGCUUCGGUUUUAAGAAACUAUUUAGUCGACAGCCUCCCUUCCUUGAAACUAAAGAUUCCAGUAUGACGGAUGAAAAAGCCGAUGACAAACUGAAACAAUGCACUGCUGCAGAUCAAGAAGGGUGUAGAAUUACGUGA